CAAAAAAUAAGACGGCAGUAUGAGCAGAGAUCUGCAAUAGAUAAACACAGACAUAGAGCAGCCACCGGGAAGCAGAGAGGCUGAUACGGACAGGGAGCGAGAGGGAGGCAGKCAUUUUGGCAUUUACAAUUCUCACUGCUGUUUUUUAAAUAAUUUUAUUAAAWUUUUUCAUUCAAGGGGGACAUAGCAAGGAUAUAAAAGCAGGUGUUCCCUUUAAGAGGGAAAGGAUCAGGACCAAGGACAGCAUCCUCCAUCUCCAUCCUCCAUCUCCAGCUCCUGCAUAGGUACCACAGUUUGAGAGGAAGUCAGAGUGACCAGGCCAGACUUCAACCUCAGUCCCUCCUCCUACAUGGAGCUCAGCUGUUAUGGAUGGGAGAAGCCUAACCCUGUCUGAGAAACCCCUAUGAACAACAGACCCAAUGGACAUCAAAGGCCAGUCCUGGACUGAUGAGGAAUCAGAUGGGGAGAACGAGUCGGAGCAGUUCCUCUAUGGGAUCCAGGGGAGCUGUGCUGCUGACCUGUACCGACACCCCCAACUGGAUGCAGACAUCGAGGCAGUGAAGGACAUCUAUACCGACAGUGCUGUCUCUGUCAGAGAGUAUGGAACCAUUGAUGAUGUGGACAUUGACCUUCAGAUUAAUAUCAGUUUUUUGGAUGAGGAGGUGGCAACAGCCUGGAAGGUCAUCCGAACAGAGCCCAUCAUUCUGAGACUGCGCUUCUCUCUCUCGCAGUACCUAGAUGGACCGGAACCGUCAGUGGAGGUGUUCCAGCCCUCCAAUAAAGAGGGCUUCAGCCUGGGCCUGCAGCUCAAGAAGAUCCUGAGUACGUUCACGUCCCAGCAGUGGAAGCAUCUCAGUAAUGAGUUCCUGAAGGCCCAYCAGGAGAAGAGACACAGCUGGUUCAAGGCRGGGGGAACCAUCAAGAAGUUCCGCGCAGGACUCAGCAUCUUCUCUCCCAUCCCCAAGUCCCCCAGCUUCCCUCUGAUCCAGGACACGGUUCUGAAGGGGAAGCUGAGUGUUCCAGAGCUGAGGGUGACCCGGCUCAUGAAUCGCUCCAUCUCCUGCACCAUGAAGAACCCCAAGGGGGAGCUGUUCAGCUACCCCCCCAACAGCCAGACUGUGGCUGUCCCGGCGGCCAGGGCCCCAGCGCAGAUUACCACGAGGCAGCUGAUUGAAUUGUUUUUCUCAUCCCAGGCGGGCGGCCACUGCAAGAACAUCCCUACCUUGGAGUAUGGCUUCUUAGUACAGAUAAUGAAAUACUCGGAGCAGAGGAUCCCCACUCUCAAUGAGUACUGUGUGGUCUGUGACGAGCAGCACGUCUUUCAGAACGGAUCCAUGUUGAAGCCGGCUGUGUGCACUAGAGAGCUGUGUGUGUUCUCCUUCUACACUCUGGGUGUGAUGUCAGGAGCAGCAGAGGAGGUGGCCACUGGAGCAGAGGUGGUGGAUCUGCUGGUGGCUAUGUGUCGGGCUGCUCUGGAGUCUCCUCGUAAAAGCAUCAUCUUUGAACCCUACCCAUCUGUGGUCGACCCCAACGACCCCAAGACUCUGGCCUUCAACCCAAAGAAGAAGAACUAUGAGAGAUUGCAAAAAGCACUGGACAGUGUCAUGUCCAUCCGCGAGAUGACCCAGGGCUCAUAUCUGGAGAUUAAGAAACAGAUGGACAAACUGGACCCUCUGGCUCACCCUCUACUGCAGUGGAUCAUAUCCAGUAACCGAUCCCAUAUCGUCAAGCUGCCUCUGAGUAGGCAACUGAAGUUCAUGCACACAUCCCACCAGUUCUUGUUGCUCAGCAGCCCGCCUGCCAAGGAGGCACGCUURCGCACGGCCAAGAAGCUCUACGGCAGCACCUUUGCCUUCCAUGGUUCCCAUAUAGAGAACUGGCACUCCGUUCUGAGAAAUGGACUAGUCAAUGCCUCUUAUACCAAACUGCAGCUCCAGUACAGCUCUGAUCAGCUUGGCGUUUGUUUACAUCCGUGUGUGUGUUCAGGGAUGGGUAAAGGACAGCACCGCAUGCCCACCAAAGAUGAGCUGGUGCAGCGRUACAACCGUAUGAAUACCGUUCCACAGGUGCAGUGUCUGAUGAGCCGUCCUAUCCAGUCAAGGUUUCUCCAGAGCCGGAAUCUAAACUGCAUUGCCCUUUGUGAAGUGAUCACGUCCAAGGACCUGCAGAAGCACGGCAACAUCUGGGUGUGUCCUGUGUCCGACCACGUCUGCACGCGCUUCUUCUUCGUGUACGAGGACGGCCAGGUGGGAGAUGCCAACAUCAACACCCAGGAGCCCAAGGUGCAGAAGGAGAUAAUGCGUGUGAUCGGCACCCAGAUCUACUCCAGCUAAUGGAGGCUCCCCGGUGGCCCUUGGAGGAACAGGUCUGUACUGCAGAUAGACCGACAGACAGAACUAUAGACAUAAAUACAGACAGACAUUCGGGAAACACAAACUCAGACCAGAUGAGGGAGGUUGAUGAUCUUUACGCCUCAUAUCUACAGUCCUUUUCCCUCACUUUUUAUUCCUCUGCUUUCCAUUCUCCCUGUGUCUGGCUAGCAUGUGUAACAGUUCCUACUCUGUGCUCCAGUGAGCCACACCCGUGGGCUAGAUAGAGCUGGAGAACACAGGGAUGAAUGAAGGAAACCUUAGCUGGACUGGUUUGCCACACACACACCCACUCUGAGCUGAAGCGCACGAACACAUUCACUUCCCUUUCAGCCCCUGGUUUCAUUUCCUCCUGAGCCCACUGUCAAGUCUCAUCCACUCUCUUUUUUCAGCUGCAAAUGUGAGAAUCCUUUGGACUAUGUAUCUAUAUUCAUCAGUUCUCAUUGUGGAUACCUAGAAGAAGAACAAAGAAUCAUGUUUUGUUUAUUACGUCCCCCUGUGGGUGUUGAAUGAUGGAUCUACAUGCAUAUAGAAGMURGUUAUUUUAUUGUGUUUGUUGUAGGCAUUAUCUCAGUGAUCCGUUUAUUUCCUAUUCUUUGACUAAUGACAUAAAUUAACGGGCCAAGAUGCAACUAUCUCCCGGGUCAAAGCACUGUUCUACCAUGCCUCAUCAUGUAGUGGGUCAGUUUGUCUUCAGAUAGCACAGACAGAGGGACCUGAAGCCCUCUGGUUGAGUAACAUGAUUGUAUGUUACACAGGAGAAUCCAUCACUAGCUAAUAUUGUUACCAGUCUGUCAGGAGAGACUAGUCACAGACAGACACAGACACAGCCUGCUCCCUCUGUAGACUAAAGGCUUUUCUUGUCUUCUCCUGACGUUUCAUUUAGGGAAAUUAGACCGGAGAGUCAAAAUGAUGACACAGAGAAUACCGGUGCCCUCUAGACUGCUGAAUGUGAGAGAGCAUGAUACAAAACCCAUAGCAACACUCUUCUUCUUCGAGAAAUCGCACUGACAAGAGGAGCUGUUCUGCCAUGGCCAUAGACUUAUCUUUGUGACUUGCUCCAUAAAGUACAGUCCAUCCCACCCUGAGAGACUAGGGCAGUGACCCCAGGUGAAUCCAGUCUCUACAGCCCACUAUCCCUCCCUACUCAGAGAUAUAAUACAUGGAGUUAGUAUAGGGCUAUGGCCCUACCCACAGGACACUGGAUGUUGUUGUGAUUUACUUACAUAUUUAUGGUUCACCUUGGGGAACGGCAACCCUGUGUAUAAUUUACUCUGUUUAUCAAUUAGUUGUAUGUAUGUGUGGGUUAUUCAGAUUUUCUGUACUAUAGUACAUUAUACUGGACAUUGCACUUAUUCAACAUUUGCCUAGCCCAGAUAAAAUGUAUGUACUCUCUCUGUCUCUCUGUCUCUCUGUCUCUCUGUCUCUCUCUCUCUCUCUCUCUCUCUCUCUCUCUCUCUCUCUAUCUCUCUCUCUCAGACUGUCUCAAGGUCUACCUGUCUAGUGUGUAGAAAGAUAGGGAGCCACAGAAAUAUUUAUAUUUGGAGUAAAAGUAAAGUAAACUACUAAAUGUCCCUUAUGGUAACAUGUCUUCACUAGGACGUACAUGACUUGGCAAUAGGUGCCGGGUACAAAUGCAGAACGGCAUUGGUGUUGAACGACAACAACAAGAGUGUAUUGUUACCAGAGAAGGAUAAAUGUACUGUUGGGAGAGAAAUGACUAUCUGCACAAGUCAAGUAUUGUUUGUAGAGCUGGAAAGACUGAGGAAAACAUCUUACCCAGCCUAACCAGUGCUCCUUCUGGCUGCGGUAUGCAGGGCCCGUUGACAGCUGAUACAUAUUGUCCCCCCAUAAAGAGUGACUGUAUUCAGAUCCCUAUCUGUUCUUGUCCCUCUCUGUCAGUGGUGUGUUCAUGAUGGUGACGACGAUGGAAAGAUAUGAUGAAAGGAAUGAAUAAAGAUUUUGCACAAUUUUAA